CGGCAGUCAGUUCGAUAGUUAACAUGAUACGAUGAGCAACAUCGAUUUGCUGACGGUGAUACAGCCACAAGAUUGGCCUCAACUACGUGAUUUAUAUCGUGAUAAUUGGCCCUCAAAUCAAGUGGCUUAUCACACAGUGGAUAAUUUCAUUCAGUGGCACCAGAAGGACCCCCACAUCAAGAAUCUUAUUUUCUACAGCCUCAACAACAACUGGCGGACGGAUGGAACUUACGUGAUAGUGGAUCGCUAUCAGUUGUUUCUGUACACUCUUGCUCCCAGCAGCAGUGACGUACUGGAGCGUGCGAUGCACUUGCUCGAUUGGAGCCGUGGGUUCAAAGUGAGUGCAUUCCUCGCACGGCAUCGGAACGCAGUGAUUAAUGUGGUGGAAGCCAAAGGUCUUCGGAAGGAGUACGACAGCUGCACUUAUCUCUACUAUAUGCCCAAGGAAGAAGCAGCCAAGCUAAAAAACGAUGUGCCAGAAAAUUUUCGAUUGGCUAGUCUGACGGAGGAUGACGCUGCUAAAGCGGAUGCAGUUUGGCCCAACAAACACGUGGGCUCUUUAUUUCUUCUGAAGAGAUUAGCUGCUUGGAACCCUAGUGUUGGUUUAUACAACUCUAGAGAUGAACUGUUAGCGUGGUGUUUCAGACUACAAGCAGGACCACUUGGGGCACUUCAAGUGGAUGAAAGGCACUUGAAGAAAGGUUACGGGUCAAUUGUCACAGUGGCCAUGGCCAACAAACUAGCAGCAAUGGAGCAGGAUUGUUUCGCACUGGUUGGUAGUGGUAACAUACCAUCCAAAAGAAUGUUUGAGAAAAUAGGUUUUCGGCAUACAGACUUCGCCUAUUGGUUGCGGACUUAUCCAACGGAACCCUUUCAGUGGAUUGACGAGCUAUUCAGUAGUGCAGUUAUAGUGAAAGCAAUAUCAACUAUGGAAAAUUUUCUCGUCGAAAUUCCCUCGGAAGAUUGGAUAGAAUUGCGCAACCUGUACCGAAAGAAUUGGCCAGAACAUGUAUUGGCAUACGGUAUCGUGAGUAAUUACAUUCAGUGGAACCUGUCUGGGCAUAGUGAUCAGCAGAGUGCGAAAUUCUUCUCGUUAAAUGGAAAGUGGAAGGAAAAUGCUACAUUCCUGUUAUUUGAUGACUUUGAAAUAUUUUUCUACUCGUUUGAUGUAGAAAAUAACUAUCAAUCCUUAGUGGAUGCCCUGCGUCUAGUACCAUGGGAAUCAUACUCCGAACUUAGUACGGAGUUCUUGGAGCAACAUCGCAUUGCCUGGGAUAAAGCUAUCUCUGCGAGAAACAUAAUCGUAGUGGAAGACUGUGGCUGUAAUUUCUACCACAUGCCUAAGGAAAAAGCAAUCACCAUACCAGUUCAGUAUCCUAGUGGGUUACAAUUUGAUCGAAUUUCAGUUAAACAUUUGAACUACAUCUACGAACAAUGGCCUCUGAAAAAGUACUUUACUCAACCAGCAGGAUACAGUCUUCUACAACGACUUAUUUCACGAAACGAAAGUGUGGGACUCUUCGAUGAUGCAGGAAAUUUGAUAGCUUGGUGUUUACGUGAUCAACUGGGAGCUAUUGCUGAUUUGCAGACGAAUAAAGCGUAUCUUCGCAAAGGCUAUGGACGUGUGAUUGUUUCCGAAAUGGCGCGGCACCUGGCAGACUUGGGAGAUGAUUCGUAUGCGUUUGUAGUGAGUGACAAUUUCAAAUCUCAAAAGUUAUUCGAGGCAUUAGGGUUCCGUAAAGCAUUUGAAGCUCAUUGGAUAGUGAUCAAACGGGAGAACAACAAAAAUUUUUGAAAGAUCGGUGAAAAUAAUCAACUCGCUCAAUCAUCAUGUUAAUAGUUUACAGUUAAAAAGUAGGGAAUUAUAAUCGUUGGACGUUAUAAUUAAAGUUAAAUGUGAUAGAUUGACUCAAACAUACUUUAAUGACUUCAAUAUAGUAGUCUAAAAUAAAUGGAAAUGUAAUGCACUCGUUGAAACUUGUAAUAGGCUAGAAAGUCGAGAAUGAACCAUUUAUCUUUACUGUUCUAGAUACGCACAAAAUAAAGCUUGUUUUAAUGAUUA